AUGAGCAAGAAUGUGUUUUCAGUGGCUAUCAUCCCACUCUUACCCCUACCAUCAUCAACUUCACAACUUCACGCCACCAAAAUCUUCAGAACGAAGGAAAAGCACAUCCAAAAUCUCAACCGAAAGACCAAGAGCGACCUUGUCUCGUACCUUACCAAAGCCAAACGAGAUAAGAUCGACAACUGCGAGUGGCAAGUUGUCUGGAUCUACUGCCACGGUGAGGGGCGUACGACCUCUGGCGCCAAGAGUCCAAACUACAUUGCCUACCAGAAAAACAGCACUGGUCAAUGCCGAACACAACUUACUGUGCGAAACGGGGGAGUUACUUCCUUCUUAUCUGACAAUCGUGACGACAUCACGAUCGAGAUCAGCUGGGACGAUACGGUUCCCCUGAUGAAGAAUGUGUUGAAGAGGUAUCAGGAGAUGUUUGACGUUCUAGUAGAGAAAACCCCCUCGGAGCAGUAA